AUGGAACCUUGUGACGCCUACGGUGCAUCUGAUCUCACUGUAGCAGCAGCGGGGUGUUUGGUUGAUGUUUGUUUGACAAAACAGAUGGACGAGGGUGGUUGGAGUGGUGUUUUGCGUCGGCAGUGGGUGGCAUCCCCCACUGAUGGGUCUUCUUGCUUCGGCUACCAUAACCCCUAUCGUAUACCUUGUCAGGAUUUGAAAAAAAGAAGGUCUGAGAGAGAAAGCAGAUCACGUCCAUCUAUGUUGUAGAGAAACGAAAAUUGGAAUGUCCAAACAGGAACUGAUACAUUGUUCAAAGAAUUUGUUAUUACUUGUAAUUGUAUUUCGUUUUGCGCACCAGGUGUUCGAUAAAAUGCCCGACUCAACUUUUUUUUUUAAUAGAGGCGCGGAUUAGGAGAGCCAGUGUGUUGUAAGAUGCUGACGUUGGAGCUUUAAGGUUUCAAUCCAGCUUUUUCUAUAAUUAUUGUAAUAUUCAUCUAUUAUGGAUCUUUUUAUUUUGUUUUUUUUCAUACUCAACUGUAUGCUUCUUUAGUUUUUCUUUUUCAUAAAAGUUGUGAGGCAGUAAUAUCUCAAGAAAAGAGGGUUGAAGAAAUUAGAGGAUGUCAGGUACAUGGAAAGCAAUGGAAGCACUUUGAGAUACACAAGUAUGUUGUGGACAUAUGUGAAUACAUCUGACAUGGAACGAGCUGAGAAGUGCUUUAGAAGGAUGAAGACAGAUGAACUUCAACCGAAUGUUGUUACAUAUCGGACUCUAAGGGAAGGUAUGAGGGCACGUGCAGUGGUGGCCUUUUACAUAUAAGAGACCAUGAUAUAUGCAUAAGUACAUCUUUUUUGUUAUGACGGAAUGAAGGUAGGAAUGGAAUUGUUCAUUUCGUUGCCAAAUGGAAUGGAAUAGACCAUUCCGUUCUCCGUGUUUUGUUAAUUUUUCGUUGUUUACUAAGUAAAUGUUUUUUUUUUCUUUUUCUUUUUCAUUCUAUCAUGGAACGUAAUGGAUAAUUACAACGUAAACAAAUUCUAUUUAUAUAACUUUUAAUGCCAUUUCCAAUAAAUUAUUUCUAGCUUUUUGUUUCCA